AGCCACAAUUUUUUAAUUGGUGGAGCAAAAAGGAAGAUAUAUUUAAAUGUAUUAAUGAUGCGUUUAAAUUAUUUCACUAUUACUUUUAAGGAUUGCCAGAACGUUAUAUUGUCAAGAUUUUGUCGUCACUUGGACCGUGAGCGUUUGAGAAUUUGCGUGACAGUUUAAUUUUUAGUUUUCGUCAUUUUGGGUGAAUGUACCGUACGGUUGAGACUUGAAUAAAAAUACGCAAAUAUUUUUGCUAAUAUUCUAACGAACAAAAUGUUUGGGGGGAUCGUACAUAUUGUUACUUUUAUUGUGCUUAUAAAGGGACUGGCUAUUAACAAGGUAAAUGGAGUGAAAACACAAUGUGAUGUUUGUGAGCUGAAGCAGAUUGACAGCUGCACUGAAGAUGUGCCUUUGGAUUGUAAAGGCGGGUCUCGAACAGAGGUCGCCAAGGGAACCAUCUGUACCCACAAAGUGUGUGGUUUAUACAAGUCUUCAGAGUGUACAAUAGGAGGACGAUGGGUCGGGCCAGAUGGGAAAGAAGUGAAAGGCAAUGUAGAAAAGAAGUGCAAUCAAAAGGAAUUUAUUUUUGAGCACAAACAAAAGAAAGUUCGAGUGAAGAGGGAUUGGUGGGCCACCAGAAGAAGAAGAAGAUCCCCACCCCCUCCUCCACCACCACCUAAUUGCGGACAGCCAGGUAGCAUUGAUCAUGCAAGUUUGAGCUUGACUAGUACAACACAAGGGGGCGUGGCUACAUACACGUGUAACUCAGAAUACGGACAUACAGGCGGCACAUUGAGGCGUGUUUGUCAAUCCAACGCUCAGUGGUCCGGUAGUCCUCCUACAUGUUCAUAUAUGAAUUCAUGUAGCAGUAACCCUUGCAAAAAUGGCGGCACGUGUGACAAUAUUCCUAACUCGUACACAUGCAGUUGUCCGAGCAAUUGGAAAGGUUCAAGAUGUGAAAUAGAUACCGAUGAAUGUGCAUCAUUGUCUCUGAACAAAUGUAACCAGAAAUGCAGCAACACAGACGGAUCUUUCACGUGUUCAUGUAACACCGGUUAUCGUCUGCUCCCAGACAAGCACACGUGCAUAGACAUCGACGAAUGUACUGACGGCACGGCACAUUGUCAAGUUUACUGUAUAAACACUGUCGGGUCAUUUCUCUGUUCAUGCGAGAAAGGCUACGUACUUGCAGCAGACAGUAAAACUUGCAAAGAUGUUGAUGAGUGCAGUGCCGGUAAUGGAUCAUGUGACCAAGUGUGUGUGAACGCGCCUGGUUCCUACACCUGUGAAUGUAAUUCAGGCUAUGUACUUGCAACAGACGGACACGCUUGCUCAGACGUUGAUGAAUGUAAACAGAAUGUCGAUGGCUGUUCCCAGAAUUGCGCUAACUCCCCAGGAUCAUUUAAAUGUAGUUGUAAUUCUGGUUAUGAGUUGCAGACUGAUCAAAAAACAUGUACAGAUAUCGACGACUGCAAAGCAAUUAUUUGCCAAAAUGGCGGCACUUGUCGAGAUGGUUUGAAUACAUAUACUUGUAUCUGCGCAGAAGGCUUUACGUCAACUCACUGCGAACAAGAUGUUAAUGAAUGUUCCAUUCAUAACGGGGGUUGCCAGGAUGCUUGUAUAAACACUGUCGGGUCGUACCAUUGUGGAUGUUAUGACGGUGGUCAGUUACAAGCAGACGGACGUUCGUGUACCGGAGGUGACCGAGACACUGUUUUUGAACGGUUUAAAAUUUCGGGUGGUAAAUUACCUAAGGCCUGUUUUGUAAUGCCACUAGCACAUUGCACAGAUGGUAAAGAUCAAAGCACCCAGCUUACAUCAACUUCAGAAUGGUAUAGCCUUACAACGGAUAUUUCAACGUCCUUCACCUUGGGUAUUGUUUUUAUCAAGGUGAAUGAUUUAUCAUUACCAUUGUCAAUACAAGGACUUGAAGUUACAAUUUCAUCUGGUAAAUUUUCUCUCAAUUACGGAACAAAACACAACUCUAGCGAAGGUAAUAUCAUCAGGAAUUCAGAUACACCUGCCGACUGUAAAUCAUUUGAACUCGUCGAAUCGGACAUAUUUGAAUUUAUAUCAGCUGGUUCUUUCCUCAAAACGUAUCUUUUGAACUUGUUCCCGGCUUUACCAAAUUGGAUCAAGUUUGAAAAAACUCGGGAAUCAAUUCUUGCUAUCCGCGACCUGAAGAGCGAUUUAGUUUAUGGUAGACACAUGGAACAGACUAGUUGGUGUGAGGGGGCACCUGUUUUUGACGACCAUCUUUACAGCGUGUUUAGAUUUGGUUCAUCAUUUUCUUUAGAAAUUCUCGGAGAUAUGAUAAAGGUCCCUAAAAUACUAUCAGGUCAAAAGUUUUGUUUUAUCGUAGACCUUUGUCAAAGUAACGGCGGCAGUAUCUUUUUCAUGGUACCGGAAGAAUCAAGGGGCAUCCUCGAAACUAUAAAUAUGUUCAAAUUGCUGAAAGAAGAAAAUGAUUUGACGAUACAUCCACGAGGUAUUGGAAUUUCAAUUGAUAAUGGAAUUAAUGUUCAUAAAGAUUCAACUGAACUUCAGUUAUGGAACGGUGACAAAAUGUUUCAGUACCCAGUGUUUCAAAGAGGAGACUUUUGGAUCGGGGCCGACGUUCUAAAAAAUGACAACAAAUUACUUGUUAAUGCAAGUGCUGAUAUUUUCAUCGGGAUGCCAAAUAUAGACAUUAUGCUUACAUCCAUUUUUCUGGACGAAUGGAACACCUAUAUACGUAUGAGCUUAUCAGCAUCGCCUACAAUUAAAUUCAAAGUUUUUGGCAAAGAAUAUUCCAUUACAUUUAAAAGUCUUAUAACAUCCGAAAUGAACAUGUAUCUAUCAGUUGGUGGUCCUCAACGAGUUUGGUGUGGGGAAAACGCAAAUCCUCCGGGAGUCUUCUUUUCCUUCCUUCUCGAAAUCAAUCCUUUUAAGGAUGUUCCAUUGUUAUCGGAAUGGGGUGUAGCCAAUAUUCACGAAGCCUUCGGAUUCGUUACAUACGAGCCCCUACAAGCGGCUGUUGACAUCAAUAUUAAAGAACAUAUCAUAAACUUUACAGAUCUAUUAGAUCGAUUGAAAGGCCGUUUUAGAACAGAACUUAAAAAUUUAGGAAUAAUAUUUAGAAACUCCACAUUGAUGCUUGCUAAUGAUAUUGAACUAAACUUUCAAACUAUGAAAAGUCUUGUAAAUGAUUUAUUAGAUGGCAAUCUAUCAGGUGACUUGAAAACAAAGAAACGUCUUGUCGAACAGCUGUGGCAGGAGUACCAAACUGUAGAACAUAAGAUUAAAAUAUUCUUAGACGAUACAGAAUUUAUCGCUCAAAAUGCAUUCAAACUUUUCAGAGAUAUCAUAGAAGAUGAGAUAAAUUUUGUAAAAAUUAAUCUUAAGAAUGCAAUGGAAAAGGUGACAAAUUCUUUGGUCAUAAAGAACACGCCGGAAUCCGGAUAUACAGGUUUCGGACUGAAAUACAGAACAAAUGUAAAAUGCAAAGGUCUUAUCUUAGGAGAAUUUGAUUUAGAAUUUGUUUAUUCUGUCGAGCAUCUUUUUAAUUGUAGUCGUUUUGAUGUUAUCCGUAAACAGUUUGAAGGCGAAAAGGCAGUAAGAUUUAUAGGGAGGGCAUCAUUUGAAUUUGUUUAUAAAUUCAUAAAGAUUCAACCUGGAGCAGGUAUAGGCGGCGCUCUGUCAGCAGAUAAAGAUAAAUUUUCCUUACAACUUCAAGCAUUUGUUAAGUGUUUAGGAAUAACAGUCACGACUGAUUUAUUUAUCACCAAUAAAGGCUUAUACCUUUACAUGGAAGGUAAUGUUUGGGACAUUUUCUUGGCACAGUUAGAUAUUUCUGCAGAAAUAAAAUCAGAAUGGCACCACAUUGUCUACAAAGUAAGUGGUCGUUUUCUGGCAAAAAGCAGAAAAAGGCGUCAAAUUCAGACCAGAAGCGAAUCAUUUCAAGACAGUUAUUUAGAUGCCUUGAAAAAAGUAGUAAACACGAUUGCAGAUAUGGCGACAAAACGCUUAAGCCAAUCACAAGAAGGCCUCAAAGCUGCACAAGCAGGGCUUUCAAAAGCUCAAGACUGGCUUGAGGAAAAGAAAUCAGUUGUAAAAGGUGCAAAUGAAAAGUUUGAUAGAGCUGUUGCCGCACUAGAAAGAGCAAAGGACAAGCUAGAUGAUGCCAAGAAACCAUACGAAGAAGCAUUAAGGAAACUCAGUGAUGCUCAGAGGAAGGUCGAUAAUCUUUGUCGAAUUCGAUCUUGCAGGAGCUUAUGUAUACCAGGAUUUAAAUGGAGAACUUGCCGCAAAGGCUGGUUGUCAUAUCGGUGCCUAACCUAUACAAGCUGCAUGAUUAAAGUUCCUGAUCCAAUAUGUGUUGGUGCAAACGUGGCGUGCAGAGUAAUAAGAAAAGCUGCUUAUUUAGCUUUAGAGGCAGCCAAGCUAUUUGUAAGAGUUCCUAUGUUUGCAUUUGAUGUAGCAAAAGCUGCGGUAUCAGCAUCCCAGUUUGUUGUUGAUAAGUCACGUGUCGUUUUGGAUGUUGCUGUUGGUUUGCUUGAUGUUGCCAAAUUAGGAUUAGAAUUUUCAAAAGGUGUUCUUGAAGCAGCAAAGGCUGUUCUUGAAGGAGUUAAAGUCGCUAUUGGUGUUGCUGCUAAAAUUUACGAGUUUGUUAUAGAUUUUGGACUGAAAAUUUUGCUUGAUGUCAGAAAUUGUGGCUUUAAUGUGGAAUUGUCGACCCAUGACCUAUCGGUAUUUGAUAUUUCUUGCGAUGUAAAUGCUUUCCGAUUAGGUUGGAAAACUAUCAAAAUAAGAGUAAACUUUAAAAAUAUAGUACAAAGUUUAUGGAAUGCAGCACGAGCAACGAUUGACAUUCUAAGUAAAUUGAUAGGAGAAAUAGGUAGAAGACGUAGAGAGCUAGAUUUCAAAACAUCUGCUAAAAUGCACGCGUAUCUGCGAAAUAUCAGAGAAGCUGAUACUGACAACGGUACCUAUCAAUUUUCAAAUGAAAGCAAUGAACUCAUAGAUAUUGUUGAAGAAAUUCUUGGAUUUGAAAAUCAUACUAAUACCGAUUAUGAAAGUCGAUCAAUAAUUUUCAAAGAAAAAUGUAAAAGAACCACUCAUGUUAUGAAAUUUAUGAACGAUGCGUUAGGGUCAUUGCAUGAAGUUGUGAAUGAAUCAAAAACCUAUAUGGAUGAAUUAGCCAUUGUUAAUAAUCAGCUUCGACAGUUUACAAUUGAGGGCCUGGCGGAAAAUAUGACUUUAGAUAAUGCAGGGAUAAGUAAAGAAUAUGCAGAACGAUAUUAUAACAUGACAGAAGAUGACUUGAAUAGAGCAUUAAAUGAAUCAAAAGCUGCCCUUGCUGAUGACCCGCUUCUUCGGGAAAUAAAUUCGUCAGCUACACUGGUAAUGGAGUCAAUGAUUGCAGAAAAAGAAUCAAUAGAGUCAAUAAAUUUUCUAGAAAUUUGGUUGGAUGAAAUGUCAAAUAUUUCAAGCGCGUAUUUUAAUGUUUCAGAGUGCGAUGGAUUUAAAGACUGUGUCCUAUAUGCCAUAUCCGAAUUAUAUACUUCAUUUGAAGAUGAGGAUAUUCCAAAUGUAGACAACAUCCGAAAAGCUAUUCUUGAUUUAGAAUACAUUUUGAUAGAAUUAUUUCAAAAUCAGUCGUCAUUGAUUGAAGAAUCAGCAGCCGCAAUGGAUAGUAUCAUGUCAAACAUAACAUUUAUCAUCGAAGCUAACCCAUUCUGCUCAGAAGCACCUAUAUUUUUAACGGAGUUGAAAAAUCAAACAGUACUUAAUGGUACAGAUGUGUUAUUUACAUGCAAUGUUACCGGAUCCCCGUUUCCAAAUAUAAAAUGGUUUAUGGAAGACAACCUAUUACCAAACGAAACAGCGAUGCAAUUGGUAAUUAAUGAUGUUUCAGCAAAUGACAGCGGCGUUUAUAGGUGUGAGGUUGGGAAUAUUGUUGCUAAUCUAACAUCGACAGACACCUACCUUCAAGUCUUUACCUACGAUGACGAUGAAUGCCAACUGGAGAAUGGCGGAUGUGAACAUAUUUGUGAAAACUUGGUUGGGUCUUAUAUUUGUUAUUGUUUCGAUGGUUACAGACUCAAUGCAGAUCGCAGGAAUUGUGAUGUUACUUCCGGAUUAGAUGAUCGCAUAUUAGUGGUGAUUGCGUCAUGUUGCGUUCUUGUUGUUGCAACUUUAGCUGCAAUGGGAACAUUCCUCUACUUUAAGCCCAG